UUACACGAAGAAGGGUACCCAAUGUGAUACAAUGUGUACGGGAGUUUCAAAACAAAGAAUUGUGUGCUUGAAUGUUUGGAGACGAGGACAAAAGAUCGAAGUUUUUGAGGGGGAGGAUUCAGUUUUUGGAGAGGAGUAUAAUAAACUUGACUUUAGUCCGGGUGGGAUUAAUACCAUCUUAGAUCAAGGUGACCUCUUUUCCAUCUUACAGUUUUUCGUCAAUGUUCCAUUGUGGUACUUAGCUUUCUGUAAUAUGAGACCAAGAGCUAAUUUGUGUUCACUGGCCCAAAUAAGACUCCCUACACCUUUUUCAAGUGAGUACAUAUUGCCUGAACAAGUGCCAAUUCAAUAUGGUAGCCUUAGAGUUGAUUACUGUGAAUGUGAAUGUGAAUGCAACCCGGACUUCAUUGUAGAUGAUCCAGCAAUGGAGAUCACCGUUAAACCUUCCACUGAAGAAGAC